AGUCUGUCUGAGUCAGCUCACGCUGCUCACCUCCUCCCUCACCAUGCGGAUAAGCCUCCCCUCCCCUCCCCUGUCUCGUCUGCGUUCUAAAACUGAAUAUAUCCACAUCUAAGAUAUUUUGUCGGGAAGCAGACAAAACUCUCAACCUGCGGAGCUCAACGUCCAGCCCCGUUCCCGGAUGAAGAAUCUCCUCCGACUUCGCCUCUGAACGUGCUCCGGCUGUGAUUCACUGAGAUCGGUACGAUGUCUGUUAUAGUGGCGGCUGGUACUCACGUUCUGUGCAGAGAGCUUUAUCAUCGGGAGCAACAGCAGUUGUUGAGCGGCGGCGGCGGGAUCUACUCGUCGUCCGUGCAGCGGAGGUACCUGUGGGUGGAUCCUAGGAACGGAGGGCAUCGGAAUAAGAUUGUGAGGAAAGAGUUCAGAGCCGGGGCGUUCUGGUCUGACCUCGCCAGGCCCGAAGCGAUCGAGAUGGAGCCCAUUGACGACUGCGAUCAGUUGGACCAGGCUCUUCAGCGCGCGAAUGAGCUUUCUCAGCCCAUUCUCAUCGACUGGAUGGCCGCUUGGUGUCGGAAAUGCAUCUAUCUGAAGCCUAAGCUAGAGAAGUUGGCUGCGGAGUAUGACAAGAAAAUCAAAGUCUAUUUCGUGGAUGUAAACAAGGUUCCUCGGACCCUGGUGAAGCGUGGAAACAUCUCAAAAAUGCCUACGAUUCAGAUAUGGAAAGAUGGAGAGAUGAAAGCAGAGGUAAUAGGCGGACAUAAGGCAUGGCUAGUGAUCGAAGAAGUGAGAGAAAUGAUCGAAAAAUUCAUCUGAAGUGAUUGUAUAAUUCUUCCCUUCUCCCUCUUUUCCUCUCCUCCAACCUCUCUCUCUCUCUCUCUCUCUCUCUCUCCAUGCCUCUAUGUAUAUUGUUCACAUCAUCUGCUGUUAUAUGUUUCAUCCAUCACCGUCAUUUCAAAGUCUAUUCGGCGGCAACUAUCCUUGUACAGGAAUUUAGCUCCGUGCUAAUUGCGUCGAUCAAUGCUCAUAGGAUGUGUAAAUUCAGCGACUUUGCGGAUCGACGUCUGCUACUUCAAUGCUUUUGCAGUCUCUUCUGCUAUAAUUCUGAUGCAGGUAGGUACUGGACCAUGUCGAGUGGUAGUUUCUUCCAAAAGCAAUCUAUUCCAUGAUGGAAUGAAUCAUAUACGGCGUUGUGUCCAAGCUCCUACAGGAGGUAUGAUAUGCUGUCACUCCAUCUGUUUGAAGCUUCUGGGCAACAAAAAAAAUAAAUAUGGGGUCCAGGCCCAUGUCCUUACACGUCUCGGUGACUUAUUAUGUGGGUCUCUGGGGAUGCUGAUCGAACCUUCACGGCAUUGAGAGGUGACUAAAGGCCCUGUUUGGUUUCGGAAAUUUUUUUAACUCUACUCCACUCUAACUCCACUUAUCUUCAAUUCAACAACAUAAUUAUUACUUUUUCU